UAAAAUAACCGCAAAUGAGUACGAGCAAAGAAAUAGCUUUAAGAAGACACAAAGAGCAAUACAUAGAGCAGUAUGUGCUUGACGAAGAAACUAGGCUUCAGAAAGACCUUAUUUGGUCUUUAAGAUUAGCUGCUUUCUGUAGGUUCAGACUCAAGCUGUCACUUUCUCAUUAUUCUAAAAUAGUGAAAAAAUUGUUUCCAGAGACUCAAGGGAUAUAAUAGACGCAUUCAAUAGAACUCUAAAGAAGAAAUCAAUAAGAGAGGAGAGAAGUUGAGUUAAGCUCUGAGUCAUCAUCUCUGAAUUCCUCAAGCAAAAAUUUGACAAUAGUGUUGUAAAGUUUGGAAGAGAAAUUAUCACAAACAUUCCUCGUCAGGAGCUUCUAUUGAGCAAGAAUGUGCUUUUUCACAUGAUAAAAUAAAGCUCGUCUCGAGUUAGAAAUAUACAAUUUUAUAAUAGAUCUGAAACUUCUGCAACGAAUAGUAUUUGCUGGUAGACACUUAUCCAAAAUCACCUUCGAUUUAUGAACCUUAGAUGAAAACCAAUCUACCCCAGAUGCUAUUCAUUGGAAGUAUGAGUCUAAAUUAGACACUUUGGUGUUUAAAAGAAAAUAUGAUGGAGCUCCUUUUAGUGACCUGAAUCAUCCUUUAAAUCUCAUAAUCCAGCUUGGCUCCAAAUUAGCAUGAUCAGAGUUAUUAAUUUAUAAGUAUUUCUCGCUGGGUAAGCAACAAAUAGCACUUGAGUUAUUCCAGUUAGCUGAUAUUACUGAAUACUCAGAAUUUGUCCAUGUAAAAUAUGGUGAUUUAUAG